AUGCCUUGCUCUUCAAGCAAAUCUGAAGAGUUGCUGCUUCCAAGGCCAGCUUCCAGCAAUAUGUACUGGUUUUGUCCGGGUCAAGUGCAGAAUGAAGAAUCAGGGUUUAAUGUAUGCUGUGCAAGGAUUUACAGUGCAGGGUUUGAUAUCUAUUCUACUGAAGAAGAGUUAUCCUGUUCUGAUUUCUCUGAACUGCUCGAACGACCACUGAAACUAGCAAGGAGUAAGGUGCUGUUUGAGCAAGAAUUCACCAACAUUUUGCAUGCGCUACAGGUGGUACAAUUUUUGUGGUGGAAGGCCCGUGCGCAAGUGAAUUCUCUGAGAGUUGCAAAAAGGAGGGAGGUAUGGUUACUGUCUGAGUUGCAGCAAGGAAAGAUUGCCUCUCUGAAAUUCAUGUUUGUGAAGGAUAAUGAACUGGCAAAUAAGAUGUUUCGCGAUGAGAGAUGCUGUCUGCACGAAUCCGACUGGACCGAGUUCACUUUUGCUGUCGAUGAACUGGAACACUAUUCUCGUAGACUGCAGAAAGAGUUGGUAAUGAGCUUGCCUCAUUGGCGAACACAACAAAUCAUAUACAAAGUUCCCUUGUAA